UUAUUGGUUUUUUAUAAAAAACUAAUUGGUUCUUUACUGGUACUAGCCGAUAAAUGGCAUGAAUUAAGUUAUGGUCGAUUACUCUUAUUUACUUUGGUUUUCUUUGUUGGAUUCCCACCUUUAAUUGGGUUUCUGGCCUUGUCGAUGUUGACGGGUAUGGUUUAUGGUUUUCUUGGUGGUUGGCCAAUUUUAGCAACUGCAUCAAUAAGUGGAUCAUUUGUUUCAUUUUUAGUUUAUAGAUUUUUACUUCAUAAUCAAGCCGAAAGAUUAAUUAAUUCAAAUGAAAAAUUUAGAGCUUUUUCUGAAAUUUUAAAAGAAGAUCAAAGUUUACUACUUUUAGUUUUGAUUAGAUUAUGUCCUUUACCUUACUCUUUAUCGAACGGUGCUUUAGCUGCUGUGCCUAACUUACCAGCUUUAACUUAUUUAUUAGCUUCGGUCAUCACUUCACCUAAAUUACUUAUUCAUACUUUUGUUGGUCAUAAAAUGAAAGAAUUAGGUGACGAUAAAAAAUCUUCUUCUUCCAAGGUUUUUGAUAUCAUUAGUAUAGUAAUUACCGGUUUGGCUGCUUCCAUUACCACUUACAUUAUCUAUUCUCGUAUGCAAAAAAAAUUGAGAGAUUAUCAUUCGGGUUUUGAAGUAAACGAUUCGCUAAUCUUUGGAAAUUUUGGUGAUGAUGUCGAAUCUAAUAAUAACGUGGAAUUGAAUUCUGCUGAUUUUGAUGCUGACAAUUUUAUCAUUGAAGAUGAAGAUGAAGCUGAUGAUCAACCUCAA